GAGAAGAAGGGGGCCUGCCGGCCGGGGCUGGGAGACAUGAGCGUGACCAAGUUCAUCAAGUGCGUCACGGUGGGCGACGGCGCGGUGGGCAAGACCUGCAUGCUCAUCUGCUACACCAGCAACAAGUUCCCCACGGACUACAUCCCCACGGUGUUCGACAACUUCAGCGCCAACGUCUCCGUGGACGGCAGCAUCGUCAACCUGGGCCUCUGGGACACCGCGGGGCAAGAGGACUACAGCAGGCUGCGGCCGCUGAGCUACAGGGGCGCGGACGUGUUCGUGCUGGCCUUCUCCCUGAUCAGCAGGGCGAGCUACGAGAACGUUCUUAAGAAGUGGGUGCCAGAGCUUCGCAGAUUCGCGCCCAACGUCCCGGUCGUUCUUGUUGGGACCAAGUUAGAUCUCCGCGACCACAGAGCCUACCUCGCCGACCAUCCUGGAGCUUCAGCAGUCACCACGGCGCAGGGUGAGGAACUGAGGAAGCAGAUCGGCGCUGCGGCCUACAUCGAGUGCAGUUCCAAAACCCAGCAGAACGUCAAGUCUGUCUUCGAUACGGCCAUCAAAGUGGUCCUUCAGCCCCCACGGAGGAGGGAGGCAGUGCCUGCCAGGAAGAAGAACAGGCGUGGCUCCGGAUGCUCUAUAAUGAACCUUGUGUGUGGCAGCACAUGUGCUGCUUAGGGAGUCUACUAGAACACUGAACCGGAAGGGAGGUGAAGGCGUGAUUCAUGGUGUGUAAUGUGCUGUGGCAACUGGCAAGUUAGUUUGCUAUAGAUGAGGAUGACUGCUGCUUUUGUUUUCCUUGGCCCAUCUGCUGUAGUUCGUCAGGCUCUUCAAGGGCUGACUUUUUACCAGACUGCAGUGUUGUGUAAGAAGUUUGCUAGACGCUGUAACUGUAAUGUUCUCCGCUGAUGUGGUAUAACUAAGAUACGAGUAAGCUUGAGCGUGUUC